CGCAAACUUCUCCCUACAACUGAACACUUGUCCUUUGCUCAAUGUCUGGAUUGCAGGCAGUUGACGAGGUAGAUAUUGCCGGUUCUUUGGCGCCUACGCCAUUGAACUCUAAGCCUGAUAGCCUUGGCGCAGGAAUUGCAGACUCUUCCGAAGGAACCGAAGAAGCAAACAAUGAGCCAGAAAACGAGGACGACGACGAAGCAUUCAUUGCUUCCAACAUUUUAAAAUCGAAUAGAAAAACAAAAGGAAAAAAGCUUGGUGGCAAAGCUUCAAACUUUCAGGCAAUGGGAUUGAGUCAGAAUGUCCUUCGUGCAAUUAUUAAAAAAGGAUUUAAGGCUCCUACUCCUAUUCAAAGAAAGACCAUUCCUUUGGUUUUGGAAGGACGCGACGUAGUCGGUAUGGCUCGUACCGGUUCAGGUAAAACGGCCGCUUUUGUUAUUCCAAUGAUUGAACGGCUCAAGUCUACCUUAGCACAGUCAGGUACCAGAGCAAUAAUUUUGUCUCCGAGCCGUGAACUUGCUUUGCAAACCAUGCGAGUUGUUAAAGAUUUCAACAAAGGUGCUGACCUUCGGGUUGCUGCAAUUGUUGGUGGUGUUAGUCUUGAAGAACAAUUCAGUAUUAUGACUUCGAAGCCAGACAUCAUCAUUGCUACUCCUGGUAGAUUUAUGCAUCUUAAAGUUGAAAUGAAAUUAGAACUCAAUGCAGUCGAGUAUGUAGUGUUUGAUGAGGCUGAUCGUCUUUUUGAAAUGGGUUUCGCAGCUCAGCUUACUGAGAUUUUACAUGACUUGCCCUCUUCUCGUCAAACUCUUCUAUUCUCUGCUACUUUACCUCGCACUCUUGUUGAUUUCGCUAAAGCCGGUCUUCAGGAUCCCGUCUUGGUGCGUUUGGAUGUUGAAUCUAAAGUUUCUUCUGAUCUUCAAAGCGCCUUUUUUUCCGUCAAGACGGCUGAAAGAGAAGCAGCUUUACUAUACAUUUUACAAGACGUUAUCAAGUUAACGCUUAAGCGUGAUAUAAAGCCCGUGGUUUCUAUGAGUUCCGAAAAUCCCAAGAAACGUAAAAGGAUCAUGGAAGCUGUCAAUCAAGGUAAAUAUUCUGGUUCUUCAGAUGCUACACUUGUGUUUGUACCCACCAAGCACCACGUUGAGUAUAUUUCCAAUCUACUUGUUCUUGCCGGUUAUGCAGUCUCUACCAUUUACGGCUCUUUGGAUCAGGACGCCCGUACAAAUCAGAUCAACAACUUUCGACUUGGUUACACCAAUGUGCUUGUUGUAACCGAUGUAGCCGCUCGUGGUAUCGAUAUACCGCUUUUAGCUAAUGUUGUUAAUUACGAUUUUCCUCCCCAACCGAAAGUUUUCGUUCAUCGUGUUGGUCGUACUGCUCGUGCUGGUCGAACUGGUUGGGCUUACACGCUAGUCCGUUCUGAGGAUGCUGGCUACUUCAUGGACUUGCAAUUGUUUUUAAACAGGGAAAUUGUAACCACUAAUAAAAAGGUGAAAACUGCAGAUGAUUGUGACUUUACAAAGCAAUUGGUUUUGGGAAGUUUACCAAUGGCCUCUGUCUCAGAAUUAUUUGAAUGGGUUCGACGAAUUCUUGUUGAAGAUGUUGAGAUUGAGCAAUUAUCCAAAGUAGCUGCACGAGGUGAAAAGUUAUACUUUCGUACAAGACCCGCAUGCAGUCCUGAAAGUGCAAAACGGGCAAAAGAGCUAGCGAAUACUAACGGUUGGAAAUCAAUAAACCCCUUGCUCGGUAAUGCAACGAAUAUAGAAGCAGAUUCACAAUUUAGCGCUCUAUUGGCGAAGGUUUCUUCCUUCCGUCCUUCUGAAACCAUUUUUGAGAUUGGUCAACGUGGACAUCAUCGCUCUGAAGCUGGCGAAAUUAUGCGCCAGCGAAGAAGUAAGAUUAAACCAAAAGGCCCUCAAAAUGGUAUGGUUGAUAAAGACGUAGUCGAUGAUACGGAAAGUCCAGCCAUUGCAAAUGAUGAACCCGAGCUCUCUGAGACUGAACUUGAAAACACUUUUGAAACUCCUCAAAGUUUGAAAAAACAACAAAAAGAGUCUCAUGACUAUCGUGACAAAGAGUAUUACAUGUCUCACUAUGCACCCAAAGAGAAUAUUCAAGAAAAUGGAUAUGCCAUUAAUUCUGGUGAAAACUUCUCGAUGGCAGCCCGUCAUGCUAUUCUAGAUUUGACUACUGAUGAUGGAUUCAGUCAAACGAACAGUGGUGGACAACGCUGGGACCCCAAGAAGAAGAAAUUUGUUAAUACUCGUAACGACGAAGAUGGUUCUAGAGGUGUUAAGAUUAUUCGCGGUGAAAGUGGUGUCAAAUUACCAGCUACGUACCGCAGUGGCAGAUUUGAGGCUUGGAAGUCUAAUAAAGCACAAGGCAGUAAUAGUUCCAUGCCAUUAAGCGAUAAUGGUAAUAAACAGUUCAAGCAUAAACAAGUUAAAGCACCAAAACCCGCUGACAAAUAUCGUGACGAUUACAAAGUCCGAAAGAAUAGAGUCAAGGAAGCCAAAGAAAAGGGUAUUGGUGUUACGGUUGGUAGUGAGCUUAAGUCAGCUUCCCAAAUCCGAAAGGACCGUGAACUUAAAAAUAAAAGAAAAGCUAAGACUGCUCGUCCAUCCAAGAAACGCCGUUAGAAAAGGAUGGGUUUGUUUUAAUAACUUUUGGAUGCUUAUAAUUAUUUUUUUGUUAAAAGGUGUACUUUAUGGGUAAAAAAACAGGACAUAUUGGUAAAUAGGGAAUCUUGGAUGAUGAAUAAAUUGAUAUCAGCAUUAAAUA